AUGUCAAAAAUUUCUGUCCUUAUUUCAGGCUCAGGCUCUAACUUACAAGCAUUGAUCGAUGCUCAAAAAGCAUCUAAGUUAGGUGACAGCAAGAUUACGUCGGUGAUUUCAUCGAGUAAGAAAGCAUAUGGGUUAGAAAGAGCCAACAAAGCUGGUAUUCCCACUCAUAUUCAAUCUUUAUAUCCAUACACUAAAGAUAUUCCCAAAGAGGACAAAAUAGCUCGAUCUAAUGCAAGAAUUCAAUUUGAAGAUGAUCUUGCAAAAUUGGUACUAGAAGACGGCCCAGAUUUAAUCGUUUGCGCUGGAUGGCUAUUAAUUUUGGGGUCCACGUUUUUGAAUCGUAUAGGUUCUAUACCUAUUCUUAAUUUACAUCCAGCAUUACCUGGCGCCUUCGAUGGUACAACGCAUGCUAUUGAAAUGGCUUGGAAUGCUUGUCAAGAAUCAGGGAAACCAUUAGUCGCUGGAUGUAUGGUUCAUUAUGUCAUUGAAGAAGUGGAUAGAGGUGAACCAGUUAUAGUUAAAGAGUUAACGAUAACUCCAAAUGACGAAACUUUGGAAGAGUAUGAAGCUAGAGUCCAUCAAGCUGAACAUGUUGCUAUCGUGGAAGCUACCGUUAAAGUCUUGGAUAAAUUAAAGAAAAUAUAG